AUGAUAGUCGACCUUGCCUCAGACAUUCGCGUCUGGUUGGCAGUAGCUGUCGCCAGCGCGGCCUACCUCUUACGUCCAUCCAAGGCACCAUUCCCCGUCAUCAAUGAAUACCCAGGCGACUACUUCAACAAGAGGGCACUCAAAGAAGCGCAGGACAAUGUCCGCAGCCUGAUUGAGCACGGCUUUGCCAGGUACCCCGACAAACCGUUUGCCAUCAAGGUGCCCUACGGCUACAAAAUCAUCCUUCCGGCCUCGCUAGCCAACUGGGUCAAGUCCAAGCGUGAGCUCGACCACGUCCAGCUUGUACGUGAUGAGUACUUUGCUGGCCUCCCCGGCUUCGAAAGCCAGACGGUACUGCACCACCCAGACGAGUACGUCAAGCGCAUGAUUACGACCAAGCUCGGGCAGAACGACAGCACCAUGCCCGCCUUGAACACAGCACUGGCCGCAGCCAUUGAUGACCUCUGGGGUCCGAGCCAGGACUGGCAUAUGCUCAACUGGCACGCCGACACGAUGGGUAUCAUCGCCCGAGCCGCAUCAACCGUCUUCGUCGGCCCGGAGAAGAGCAGCGAUCCGGAGUGGCUGAGCCUCGUGCAGGACUACGUCCUGUCGUACUUUGGCGCCGUCGGCGACCUGCACAAGUAUCCAGUCUGGUCGCGGCGGAUCGUGAACUGGUUCCUACCGAAUGCGAGCAGAUGCCGGAGGCUCCAAGUCCAGGCGCGUGUCAUCAUUGAGGAUGUACUCUCCAAGCGGAGAGCAGCCGUGAACAAGGCACAAGUCGAGGGGAAGCAGCCGCCGGUGUACAAUGAUGCGCUCGAGUGGGGGCAAAAGGACCCAGAGUGCAAGCAUCACCCGGCGGACAUGCAGCUCGCGCUCGCGAUGGCCGCCAUGUUCACCACGUCCGAGAUGUUCCGCCAGAUCCUCAUCGACGUCGCUCGCCAUCCGGAGCUCGUGCAGCCUCUAAGGGAUGAAGUCAAGCAAAAGCUCUCGACUCAUGGUGUCACUGUUGCGGCCACUAGCAAUAUGGUUCUUCUGGACAGCGUAAUGAAGGAGUCGCAACGCCUCAGCGCACCGCCUGCUGUCGUGGAGCGCGCCGUCCUAAAAGACACAGCCCUGCCUGAUGGUCGCGUCCUCCCGCACGGCUCUCAUCUGCUCGUUGACGCAACGCACCUAGGCAGCAAAGAUGUGUACCCAGACCCAGAGGAGUUUGACGGGUAUCGGUUUCUCCACAAGCGUGAGGCUGGCGACAAAUCGAGCUCGUUCGUCCAGUCGAGCCCAGAUUUUCUCGUCUUUGGUGCGGGCAGGCACAUCUGCCCUGGCCGCUUCUUCGCUGCGAACGAGCUGAAGCUCGCGCUCGCGCACAUUCUGCUCAAAUACGACAUCCGGCAUGCCGAAGGGAGUGGGGAUGGCAAGCCAUGGUCGAGCGGGUUCUUUGCUGUGGUGAACCCGUUGGUGAAAGUAGAGGUGAAGCGAAGGGCGGACGACGGAGCUGCCGAGUUUUUGGCUUAG